CGCUUGAACAUUUGCUACGCUGCCCUCUGGGAAUUGGGGUUCUAAGCUUGUGACAAUUCCGGGUUAUCGGCGUUGUCAGAAAUAGGCUAAUCACCAACUGAAGUACGCGAUUUGUCAACGUAUCAAUAGGCUACACUAUAAAACUAGAUUUACAAUUUACUAGAUGUUAGGCAUUUAGCUAAACUUUAGGGCAAUUUUAUUAUUUUUUAUUAUUAUUACAGAAUUUGAACUACGAAGGCAGACAUUAUUUUUUUGCGUGUGAAAUGCAUUCUGGGUCAAUGACGUGUAAUGGUUGUGUUCGGAUUGAGAGGUGAGCUAAUGGCGCUAAGUAUAACUGUAGCUACAGCCGAAAAGUGAAUAUAAUGCCACAUUGUGCAGCUUUUGGUUGUAAUUUCCAGUCCAAAGGCAACAAGGGGAGUAAUGUAAGCCUCCACUGCUUUCCUCACGAGAAGAAAAUAAGAAAACAGUGGGAAGUUGCUUGUGGACGAGUACAACUCCCUAAAGACCCACGGCUGUGUUCACGCCACUUCAGCCCUGAUGCAUUUGAGGCAUUUAGUCGGCUAAAAGAGCUCACAGGUGCUGCUGGUUACAAGCGAAGACUAAAACCAAAUGCCGUGCCUUCAAAUUUCCCCCACAAGGAGCCUAAACGUCCGCGCAUAGCGAGUGAAAGCCGCGCUAACAAACGUCUAAGGCAAGAGACUUUGGACACUCUCCUGCUAGGAUGUAAACAACCCGCUCCUACAGUUUCAGUCGUGGAAGACGAAUCAUCGGACACUACGCGGAUCAUGGAGCCUGCCAUGUCGGAAUCCAUGUUCCAGGGUUCUAGGUGGAACAUCGAGCAGGCUUCAGAGAUUGGGUCGGUAAAGCCACGGGACUGCAGUCCAACACUGGAGCUCAAUGUGAUUGUCAAAGAAGAAGAAGAGGAGGAGGAGAGAGGACUCUGGGAGGAGAGGGAAAUGAAGGAGGAGUUGGAGGAAAGACCAGAUGAUGAAGAGGUGGAGGAGAGAGGAGAAACAGAGGUGCAGAGACUAGUCAGAAAGGAGCUGAAAGAGAUGGGGGUUAAAGAGGAGUUGGGGGAGGGAGCAGUCAAAGAGGAGGCAGAGGAGAAAGCAGUGAAUGAGAAGGUGGAGGAAAUGGCAGUCAAAGAGGAGGUGGUGGAGAUAACCGUCAAAGAGGAGGGGAGAGAGGUCAUUGAAAAAGAGAUCUGUGCUGCUGAACGUCUAGGGGAAGAGGAGGAACAAUAUUAUGGUGACCCAGAUGCGGAGAGCAACCCCAGUUUUGCAGCAUUGAGAAACCACCAACCCCUCACUGAGAGGAUCUCAAGACCGAAACAUCACCACUGCAUGGACUGUUUCACUAGUUUCUAUGAGUCAGAGGAGUUGAGAAGCCACACUUGUAGGCCCCGCCCUUGUAUAGAAUGUAAAGGAAGUUUCAUUUGUCCAAGUCACCUGAAAGUACAUUAUCAUGCGCCCCAAAGCAAGAAGACUUACCUGUGUGGUCAAUGUGGGAGGAGAUUUCAGACACCAAGCAAAUUAAAGACACACCAACAAACUCACACAGUCGAGAAACUGCUCUGCGUGAAGAGCUAUAGUCAGUUUGGCCAGCUAAAGGCACACAAGCAAACUCACACAGUCGAGAAACCACUCUGCGUGAAGAGCUAUAAUCAGUUUGGCCAGCUAAAGGCACACAAGCAAACUCACACAGGAGGGACAACCAAAGACUGUUCCCAAUGUGGGGAGAGUUUCACCAGUUUAUAUUUCCUGAAGAAACAUCAUGUAACUCACACAGGAGAGGAGCCAUGUCAAUAUCAUGCGCACAAAAGCAAGAAGACUUACCUGUGUGGUCAAUGUGGAAAGAGAUUUCAGACACCAAGCAAACUAAAGACACACCAGCGAACUCACACUGGGGAGAAACCUUUCCGCUGCUCCCAGUGCAUGAAGAGUUUCAGUCAGGUAAGCCAGCUAAAGGUGCACAAGCGAACUCACACAGGAGGAAAGACCUACCACUGCUCCCAGUGUGGGGAGAGUUUCACCAGUUUAUAUUUCUUAAAAAAACACCAUGUAAAUCAUACAGGAGUUAAGCCUUAUCAUUGCUCCGAGUGUGGGAGGGGUUUUAGUCAGUCAUCAGAUCUUAAGAAACACCUGUUGACUCAUACAGGAGAGAAGCCUUAUCAUUGCUCCGAGUGUGGAAAGGGAUUCAGUCAGGCAUCAGAUCUGAAGAAACACCAGCGGUCUCACACAGGAGAGAAGCCGUAUCACUGCUCUCAGUGUUGGAAAAGUUUCAGUCUGCCCUUAAACCUUAAGACACAUGAGCAAACGCACACAGGGGAGAAGCCUUUCCAUUGCUCGAAGUGUGGAAAACGUUUUAGUCAGGCAAGACAGGUAAAGAUACACCAGCUAACUCACACAGGAGAGAAACCGUACCACUGCUCUCAGUGCGAGAAGCGUUUCAGUCUCCCAACCAACCUCAAGACACAUGAACGAACUCACACAGGGGAGAAGCCUUUUCACUGCUCUCAGUGUGGAAAGGGUUUCUAUCGGGCAGGGCAGUUAAAAAUACACCAGAGAACGCACACAGGAGAGAAACCAUACCACUGCUCUCAGUGUGGAGAGAGUCUUACAAGCUUAUAUUUCUUUAAGAAGCACCAGCUACUUCAUACAGGAGAAAAAUUGUACCACUGCUCUCAGUGUGGGGAGCAAUUUAGUCAGGCAGUGAAUUUAAAGAAACACCAGCUAAUUCACACCGGAGAGAAUCCUUACCCGUGCUCUGAUUGUUGGAAAAGUUUCAAUAAUGCACGAAAGCUAAAGGCUCACCAGCUAACACACACUGGAGAGAAAUCUUUCCACUGCUCUCAGUGUGGCAAGAGUUUCAGUCAGUCAAGUUACUUAAAGAAACACCAAAUAACGCACACAAGUGAGAGACCUUACCACUGCUCUCAGUGUGGGAAGCGUUUUAGUCGAUCAUCAAACCUAAGGGCACACCAAUUAAAGUAUCACAGCCCUGACAUUGGACAGAGUUCUGCUGCUUUCAAAGAAAGUAAACUCCAAACCACAGACACGAAACACAUGUAAACGCCAUAGUGCUAAUGUUAUUUGCAGGUUAGUAAAACAAAUGUAAACACUUAUGUACUCAAUCUAUUACCCAGUCUACCUGCUAUGCUACAAUACAACAGGGUUUUUAUUAGCUUUCACACUACAUGUCUCUAUCUUGGUCAGUACUUAGAAAUGACCUGUCUGAUCUAUGUUAACCACAUAAACCCUGGUAACAUUUUAUAACCCCUGAGUAUUAUGGUACAAUCCCUGUGUGUCAUGUUAUAGACCCUGGGUGUCAUAUUAUAAAUCCUUAGUAUUAUUUUAUAAACGCUGUGUAUUAUGUUAUAAACCCUGGGUGUCAUGUUACAAACCCUGGGUGUCAUGUUAUAAACAUUGAGUGUCAGGUUAAACCCCUUGAGUAUCAUGUGAUAUAAACCCUGGGUGUCAUGUUAUAAACAUUGAGUGUCAGGUUAUACCCCUUGAGUAUCAUGUGAUAUAAACCCUGGGUGUUAGGUUAUAUACAUUGAUUGUCAUAUUACAAACCAUGAGUGUCAUGUUAUAGAUCCUGGGUGUCAUGUUAUAAACCCUGGGUUUUAGCCUGUAAAUCUUCAGUGUCAUGUUAUAAUACUUGAGGGUCAUGUUAUAGAUCCUGGAUGGUAUGUUAUAAAACAUUGAGUGUCAUGUUAUAAACCUUGAGACUUGAGUGUCAUGUUAUAAACUGUGAGUAUUGUGUCAUAAACCCUGGGUGGCAUGAAAUAAAAAUCCUGGAUUUUAUAGAGUAAAUAUAAUGUUACAGUUAUAUUAUGUAAUAAAAAAAGAUGAAACUCGAGGAUGAAUAGAGGUCUCAGCCUAGCUGUUAGAGGUGAAAGAGCAGGGUCUCACCAGCAGCAUGCCAGUUGAUGAAGUACAAUUGGUCAGUAACUGAGCCGGCAAAUGGGGGGU